UCCACUUCCUCUACUGAGUGCUGUGGAUUUCUCCUAUGGAGAGGCAGACGGGGGUGCUUUUCUUUUGAACCUUCUUGAUUCUGGUUAGUUCUGCUUGACCUUGUAAGAGUCUUCUCUGUCUUGUCAAUGUGUGUUGGCAGGCGUGGAUUCCACAUACUGACGGUCCUUUCUCUCCUUGUAGACUCAGUGGUUUGUCCCCAUUUCUAGGAGAAACAGACGCAGAGACCAUGAAUUUCAUUGUGAACUGUAACUGGGAUUUUGAUGCUGAUACCUUUGAAGGGCUAUCAGAGGAGGCCAAGGACUUUGUCUCUCGGUUGCUGGUCAAAGAGAAGAGUUGCAGAAUGAGUGCCACACAGUGCCUGAAACAUGAGUGGCUGAAUAAUUUGCCUGCUAAAGCUUCAAAAUCGAAAGUUCAUCUCAAAUCCCAACUAUUGCUGCAAAAAUAUAUGGCUCAGAGGAAAUGGAAGAAACACUUCUACGUGGUGACUGCUGCCAACAGGUUAAGGAAAUUUCCAACUUGUCCCUAAUCCUCAACUCUGCUGCUCCCAUGAGCCUAGAAAUUACUGGGACUGGUGGUGAAAUCAUGACUGAAGAUUCCUAAUAAUCUGGCUUUCUACUUAUUUUGUUUCAAAAAGGUUAUGACUGUUGCCAUCCUUGUGGAUGAAAAGUGGCUGUAAGAAAGUGACCUAAGAAUUUUUUCUGCCUUGUAAGAUCACUGAGUUGAAAUGCUGUGGUUACUUUUCAAGUGUACCUACUUUUGGUGAUAAGUAUAGGCAUGCUUUAAGUAGUAGGUAGGAAAGCUCCUAUUUUGCUAAAGUCAACUUUAAAGUCAGCUUACUUUGAUUAAAGAACCCAGUGGACUAUCACACAGGGCAUGUUAGUCAGUGUUACCUCCUCCAGUUCAGAGAAUUCCUAGCGUCUUGAUUUGCUCAAAAGUGAGCUGACACUUUGUACUACAUUUGUUGCUCUAGUGUGAAGCAAUGUAGAUUUAGGGCAGAGAUCCUCAAGCUUGUUUUAGCUUGUACUCCCUUUCAAGAAUCAAAACAUGCAUACCUCUACCCUCUCUUAAUUCUGCCGCGUCCUGACACUGGCAGUCUCCAUCCUAAUCUGUCUUUCUCAGUUAUGAAUCUAUGGUCUAGUAAGUCUGGGAACUGAUAUGUAAUAUGUGAAAAGAGAUAUGUAAUAUGUGAAAAGAGAAUGCAAUGGUGUUCAGCUUUCUGAAAGAAACAGAAACGAUGCCUGUGAGAAAUCAAAUGAAAACUGCUCUCCUCCUGCCUUAUGGGGAUAGAACCAUCACUUAACUAACUUCAUGAGAUGAGUAACAAGGAAUGCUUUAUUAUUCAAAAGUAAAUAUUCCUUUUAAUUUCCUCACUGCUAACUUGACUUUCAUGGUAUUCCCCAUGACCUUCUUGGGUCAGCAGUUUUUACUUUUAGUUUUU